AUGUCAAGUCAAGAAAAGCCCUUUUACGAGAGUAUAGAGGUGAAAGAGAAGCAAGGGGAUACCACAAACACACAGUUUGCGUUCCCUAAACAAUGUUUGGUUUUAGGCGAUCCUCGCGUCGGAAAGACGAGCCUUAUCAAUGCAUUAACUGGAAAGCCAUUUGAUUUGGCCGUACAAAAAACGCAAGGAAUUGAUCAGAGUCUUGUCGAUCACGAGUGGAAAAACUGCGACAUGAAAGAUCUCGUAUUUGGAGACUUGUGGAGAUAUCUCAAAACAGGCGACGUUGAAGUGACUUUGAUAGGAACUGGAGGACGAAACAAUAAGGUUCUUGUUGGAGAUCUAGAAUUUCUGAUGACAACUGGUCUUCUGCGGCUUUUUUUGUACUCCUUGGUUAUUGGGGUGACAUGCAUGUUUCUCGUAAGGACAUUAUUUAGGUAUCCUGCGGCAUAUCUCUUAUUUUACUUCAUUUACUUUGGUCAUUUGAUGUUUCCGAUUUGUGCUAUUCACUUUGAGACUUCAAGUAAUAUCAGAUUUAUACUUACUACUUUAGCUUUCAUCCUGAACCGCCGAGGACUAUUAAUCGGGUUAUAUUCAGCUAUAAUGAUAUGUCCUUUUUACAAUAGUUUUCUCACAUUUGCUAGUACUGGCGAGUUUCUCACGUUAAGCUCCGUUACAGGAAUUGCCUUCAUCAUUAUGUUCCUUUUCAUAGGACCAUUACGACCACCCUUUGGUACAGCUCAACUGAUCGGGAAUCGAAACUUUAUGAAGUUUCUCUGCUUUUGCCGGUUACCGCUAUCAUUCUUAAUUGGAUUAAUUUCUGGCUUUACCGUUGCAAUGUCGUUCGGGAGCUGGUACGAUAUGUGUCAUAAGGAGGCUGGCCUAUCCGUUAAACUAUCAGAACUGUCAAAAACUGUAUACACAUCUGAUACGACAGGUCGGAAAGCACUCAAUUAUCUCCGGACCUGCCUUGAAAGUCCUGACCAAGUCGUAAUUACUUUUCUAGCAACUUUUAUAUCCGAAUUUCCAGCUCACAUUUUUGACCUAACACAAUUCAGAACUUUUAGUCUCUUUAAGACCACAAAUGAGCUAGGAUCAAAGGGGCUCUCUCUUGUUUUCUUUUUCUAUUAUUUUAAAAUAGCAUUUCAAGUAUGGAAUGACCCACCUUUGACUAUUUAUUACUUUUGCAUAUCAUUUACUUUAUACAUCUUUUUAACUUUAUAUCAGGAAUGGUCUUGUAGCCAUUCCGAAAGCAAUGAAAGAGUAAUUUUUUACCCUUCCAACAGUUUCUUGACACUAGCACUGACUGGCAGUGGAGAAGUGAACACCAAAAAGCUAAGAACUGCCCUCAAGGAUAAAUAUCCCUCUUUGAAACUGAAGGUCCUUGAUUUUGCGGGUGAUAAAGAAUAUUAUGCCUAUCAUCACAUGUUUCUCAAGAGUCUUGCUGUCUAUCUCAUUGUAUUCAACAUGGCUGACUUCACAGAAGAUGACAAAAAGGAUUUAUGCAAUGAAAAGCUUCAGUUUUGGAUUGAGUCUGUCUGUACCCAUGUGCCACCAAAAACACCAAUUUUCCUUGUUGGAACACACAGCAAUCACAUGGAUCAGAAUGGCAUGCAGACCUUGAGUGGCCAUUUAAACCAAAUUCUUUGGACAUCCUAUUGUGAUGAGCUGGUUGUCAAUGAAGAUGAAGAUUUGAUCUUCUUUCCUGUUGAGAACUCUAAAGGGGAGAAUGAUGUUGGAGUUCAAAAGCUUCGAAUCAAAAUCAUGGCAGUUGCAGAGGGAUGUAAGCCAACUACAGAUUACAACAUUCCUUUGUCGUGGAUUAGGAUACAAGAUGCAAUCAUCCAGUUAAGGGAAAAGAAGGCUGCCAGGUUCUGUGUGACACUAAGAGAGUUUCCAUGUGCAUUUGGUAACUACAUUCACACUGACUGGUCUGAAGAAACCUUGAAGUACUUCCAUGAGCAAGGCCUGAUAAUAUACAUUCCCACAGGCGAAGAACUGUGCAACUGGGUUCUACUCAGACCAGAAAUUCUGGUGGACAUCAUCACCCAGUUGGUCACGUCAUCCCCUCAAGUGACUCAGAUGAGAGGCUUGAGAAGUGACUGGAGACUUCUUCAGAAAAAGGGAAUGCUGACAAAAUCACUCCUGGUCAGCAUCAUUUCCAGCGUAAAGGAAAAUGAAGAGGCCAUGAUUGCAUUUCUUGAAGAGUAUGAUUUGAUCUGCCCUUUGACCAACACAAAAGUCAAAAUUGCUAGCUUGCGUGACACAGAGAAACUCCAGCCAACUCACUUUGUUCCAUCCCUAGUGCCUAGGUCUAAAGAUGGAUGCAUCCCAACAUGGCAUGAUGACCAGAGAGAUAAAAAGUUCUUGGUGUUUUUCGAGAGGUUUCUACCAGAACCUUUGUUCCAUCGCUUGCUAUCUCGUGCCCACAAGAACAGUAAGGUAGAGUUUACCAAUGGUGCAACUGUUGUUUUCAGAGAUGUUGGAAAGUUCUGGAUGAGUCCUUGGCAGCCAUACAGACUUAAGCUGAUGAAGAAAGAGGGUGUUAUUGAAGUUACAUUCAGCACCAGGUAGUUGUGCACCCUUUCCUCAACAACUUAUGGGUCUUAGACUUUUCAUAAUGUUUGGUGGCUAUCAGAAAUAAUACUGUGGGUUAUUUGCGAGAAUGUACAUAGUUUUUCUCAGAGAUCGUGUGUGUUUCUGAAUUUCUCUAACAAGAAUCUUCUCUAUACUUAAUGACUUGUAGCCUUGAAAAUAGUCAUUAUGCUAGUGACUUUGUUAAAAGUGAAAUUUCUUGUGGCCAGGCUGGCAGUGUGCCAGUUUGCAACAAAGUUUUUUUAUUCUGAAUAUUUUCUCCACAUAUGCACAACAACACAUUCCGUUAUUUUCCAGCAAUAGACGAGGAGUGAAGCCUUCAGAUUUCUUGUGUCAAGUGUACUCCAUGGUAGAUGGAAUUUGCAAGAGGAGUUUCCCCUUUGUAAAGUUUCACUGUGGACCUGCCUGUCCCUCAACCAAAUGCCCUGGUUACCAAGACAGUUACAUGUACACACCAGAUCAUCAUUACCGACGACAUGUGUUCAAUAUCAUGCCUGGUCGUCAAGUAGAUAAGACUGCCUUUUUGUACUGUGUCAACAAAAGUUUUGAAGAUGAGCUGAAGGACUGGAUACCAUAGUUGAAUGAGCUACCUUAAUUUGAAAAGGUAAAUAUAGCCAAACUGUAUACCACUACUGAAAACGUUUUCUAAACCAUGCUACUAACCAGGAAACCAAGACAACAGAAAUGUGAUCCACUUUCCUUUCCACUGGGUCAAUUAAGAUAUCACUGACAUUAACUCAAACAAAAAAUAAUAAAUAUGUCUAAAUCUAAAUCUGAAGAAUAAAACUAACAUCUUAUCUCUCAUGUGCAGCCACAUUACAUUAAGAUUGCAAC